GUUCGCUACGUCCCAGACAAACAACAUGGCUGGACUAGACGACAACACCGUUCGCGAACUUCGUAACUUGGCCGACCGGCUUCGUAUCGACUCCAUCAGGGCUACCAAUGCCAGCAAAUCUGGUCACCCAACAUCAUGUGCUUCAAUGGCAGAGAUCAUGUCUUGUCUUUUCUUCCGUGUCAUGAAGUACAAGCUAUCUGAACCAAGGGAUAAGUCUUCUGAUCGUUUCAUCCUGUCCAAGGGACAUGCUGCCCCAAUCCUUUAUGCUGCUUGGGCUGAGGCUGGUCUCUUCCCUGUUGAAGACCUGAUGAACCUCAGGAAGUUGGACAGUGACUUGGAGGGCCACCCUACUCCUCGUCUCAACUUUGUUGAUGUUGCCACUGGAUCACUCGGCCAAGGCUUGAGUGUUGCUUGUGGAAUGGCAUAUGUGGGGAAACAUUACGAUAAAGCAUCAUACAGGACUUACUGCUUGAUUGGUGAUGGUGAAAGUGCUGAAGGAUCAAUCUGGGAAGCUUUGCAUUUUGCUGGGCAUUACCAUUUGGACAAUCUGUGCGCUAUUUUUGACAUCAACCGUCUGGGACAAUCUGAACCCACUUCUCUUCAGCACAACAUGGAAGUCUACCGUAAGAGGCUCGAAGCCUUUGGAUUCCAUGCCAUCGUUGUCGACGGUCACGAUGUUGAGGAACUCUGCAAGGCCUUCGAUGAAGCAUCUUCAACUCUUGGUAAACCCACGGCCAUACUGGCUAAAACUUACAAGGGAUACAAGUUCCCAGCUAUUUCCGAUGAGCUAGAUUGGCAUGGAAAACCUUUGGGUGCGAAGGCUGAUGAAGUCAUCCAAGCUAUUGAACAACAGAUGCAGCCGGGAACUUCAACUGGGGCACCGCACAUUCCGGAACCUGUAAAUGACGCUCCCGAGGUCAAUAUUGAUGACGUUCGCUUGUCUGCACCUCCUGCUUACAAAAUGGGUGAAAUGGUUGCGACUCGCCUUGCCUACGGCACUGCAUUGGCUAAAUUGGCCGAACACAACCCGCGUGUCAUUGCUUUGGACGGAGACACCAAAAACUCAACCUACUCCGACAAGAUCAAGAAAGUGUCAGCUGAGCGUUACAUCGAAUGUUUCAUUGCGGAGCAAAACUUGGUGGGAGUAGCCAUCGGAGCUGGUUGUCGUGGCCGUACUAUUCCGUAUGUUUCUACCUUUGCUGCUUUCUUUACCCGUGCUUUCGACCAGCUGCGUAUGGGUGCCAUCUCGCAGACCAACAUUACCUGCGUCGGAUCGCACGCUGGAGUAUCUAUUGGUGAGGAUGGGCCAUCCCAAAUGGCACUUGAGGAUUUAGCGAUGUUCAGAGCCAUUCCAGGAGCCACCGUCUUCUAUCCGAGUGAUGCUGUCAGCUGCGAGAGAGCUGCCGAACUUGCAGGAAAAACCAAAGGCAUUUGCUUUAUUCGUACUUCUCGACCCAACACGGCUGUGAUCUAUGAUAACGAGCAAGCUUUUUCGGCUGGAAAGGGACACGUUGUACGUAGUCAUGACGAAGAUGAUUUGGUGAUCGUUGGCGCUGGCGUCACCCUUCACGAAGCUCUUAAGGCCUCCGACCUGCUGAUGGAAGCCGGCAUUAAGGCUGCAGUUGUUGAUCCUUUCACCAUCAAGCCCAUCGAUCACGAUCUGCUAUUGAAGGAAGCUACCCGUUGCAACGGACGCGUUUUGACGGUGGAAGAUCACUACCCCGAAGGAGGUUUGGGCGAAGCUGUGGCCUCAACUCUAGCUGAACAACGAAAUAUCAUCGUCAAGAUUUUGGCGGUGCGCGAAGUUCCCCGUUCCGGGCCACCUGAGGUGCUUCUCGAACACUUUGGAAUUGGCGCCAAGGCGAUUGCCGAAGCUGCUAAGAAGCUUGUGGCGUUGUAAACGUUUUUCAAAGUCACUCAUUCCUAUACCAUUC